AUGAGCACCAGUCUAAGCUCCACAUCCUCCUCAAAUGCGACUAAGACAGACUCCACAGCACCUGUUGGGGCUGCGCCAGUGGGUACCUUUACUGACGACAGCACCACAUUCAGUGACUUUGUGUUCAAGGCCUUGCCUACAACUUUCUCCCCGGUUGGGGAAUCUGCGACUUCAACAGAUUCUGCUCCGCGGUUGAUGGCUACGUCCAGCAUUUCCCCCUCUAUCGCAGUGGGCAUUUCCAGUGCAUCCUCAACCUCCGUACAGAUUAGCUCUUCUUCAGUUCCUCCAACGCUCAAAUCUCAGAGAGUGGCAUCUUCAUCCCUAGCAGCAGCACCAUCUAUUUCCACUUCUUGCACCACUUCGGCCAAUGCAACGUCUAAUAGCGCCGCUCUGACCGUGGCCAAUACAUCCGCCAUGCCGAGUGCGAACGUUAGUCUCACUUCGAAUGUAGCAGCAAAUCACGAAUCCAUCCCCAUUAUUUUGUCUUCUUUCACUGCUCCUGCUGCUCCUACUGCGCCGCCAUCCCUGAUCGGGCAAGCACAGCAUUACCAGGCUAUCCCUUCCAGCAUGGUAGCUAUAUCUGGAGCCGAAUCCGCAUCAGCACCCACACCAGCACCAGCGCCCUCACUGCAGCCUUCAGUAUCAUCUCGACCUAUCGCGGUUCUGUCGCCAUCAUCCUCUUUACUGCCAUCUUUAGCUGUAGAUGAAGCCGCUGCCAACCCAGCUGUGCCCAACAAAGCAGGUACCGGUACCGCCGAUAUAAGAAGGGUCACAGUUGUGUCGAUCCCCACUGCAAGUCCGAUGUACACAGGCGUUGCUACGGCAGUGCAUGUUCCCUUAAGAAGUGAGCUUGGCGGAUUGGUUGUUGCGAUCACCAUCGUGGUCUUCAUGGGAUGA